AUUUUUUGGUUAAUGCCAGGUUCAUUUAAGAAAUUGAAAUUAAUUGAGAAAAGUUAUUACAUGAAGUGUUUUUUAGCCAAAAUCAUGGUUGGAAACGAGGCGACAACUACGUCCCAUCCCAAUCAGAUCAGAGUCCUUGAGGAUGGACAUGGAACAUCGGAUCUGUCGAAGCGGGCAAUGCGAGCGGUCGAGACUGGUCGUCCGCUAUCGACUGUCGAGAUUCCCGAGAAUGGUCGACCGUUGCGGACUGCAGCUGAACGCAUGAUGGAACCCGAACUAAACGAGAGCGAUAUCUGGCAAUUACCGGAUCAUACCAAUAGUAGCGCCUCGAAUCAACGCAAGUUAAUGAAGAUUGAGAAUAGAAAAAGAAAAUUCUCGUCAGAGCCGGUAGAGCUUUCUGGCCUACCUAGGCAUUCAAUAAGAUUUAGCAAAGCUAGAUUUAAAAGUGAAGUUUAUUAUUACUUUAAUGUUGAAUAUUUGUUCAUUCUGAGUCUCCUUUCCUUCUGAAGAGGGAAGAGCUGAUGUGUAUUGUAAAUACAUUUUCAAUUAGUUUAAAUUGAUUGUGUCUGAAGCAAACAGCGCUGCGCGCAACACUGCUGUCAGACACAGCUCUCCGAAUAAAAUGGAGCAAAGCUCCUUCUUGA